AUUCUUCAGCAAGCUAUCGCGCUCCACCGUCGUCGUCAACCUGCCCCUCCAAAUCAAGGCGAUCUUUUCCGACAAGCCGCUCAGCUCGCUCAAGCGGGUGAUCUCCCUGUCCUACAAGGCAACCCUGUACCUGCUCGCAACCGAAUUCCUCAACCUCGUGGAGGUGCCGCGGCUCCUUUGCCUCAUCUACAACCACAGCCACCUCUGCCUCCUCGACUGGCGCAAUUAAAUCUCGAUGUACAGAACCUCGCAAUGCUUCAACAUCAACUAGCAGCACAGGCUCAUUUGGCGCAGGCGGUCCAGCGUCGAUUCGAUAAUGGUGCUCAAAACUUGUUCCCGCGUCAAGACCCAGUCGCAAUGGGUAAUGGACAAUUUCACAUGAUGUUGAAUCAACCUAAUGUCGGUGCUGCCGGUGUGGCUCAGGGUUUGGCGGCGAUGGGGAACAGGGCGAUUGAUCGGGCAGUGGUACCCCCACCUAGAAACUUGCGUAGAAGAGGAAGGAGGGCCCCAGUGGACUGAUUGGUGUGAAGGGGGAAAGAUUGCCCUUAAGCGAUUUGUUCAAUCAAUAAACAGCGACUUUUUGCGCUUUGUGUGGUCUGGGUGAAUGGCCAGGGGAUGUGACAAUGGCUAGACGCUGGAAUUUGGAGGUUCGAUAAGAUUGUGUUCGAUCAAUCCUGCUUGGAAAAGUGAUCCGCAAGUCGAAGAUUUAAACGAUAAAAAUUAAACCAAAAAAAAAAAAACACUUUCCGAACGACAUCAUAAAAUUACAAUCGACACGAACGAGACGAGCCCCCUUUAAUCAAAUCAUCAAACACCCUCUGUUCCCCUCAUCACAACCACCCUCCCUUCCACUCCAGCUGUAAACACCCUCAUCCCCCUCUUUGGCCACGCGUUGAAUGGACUCCGCUGUUGUUCCAACUCCUGUCUAAAUUUCGACUCGACGUGUGACUUUUCCUCCGUCGUAUUCGCGUGACCAUUCCACUCUGUUCAUAUUGUCAAUCCUCCGUCCGUCCUCGUCCACCUUGUAGUGAAUCGCUAUCCUUCGCCGAACUCGUGUAUAGAUCCCAACUCUGUCAACUCUGUCUAAUCGCCGUUUGCCUCUUUCGAAUCUGGGUGUUUUGGGUAUUUGGAGAUAUGGUCGAAAAUCGCAAAAAUACAAAAAUAAGGGUUGAUGUGGGUUUUCGAUGGAGUGCAUGCAUGUACUUUUCGUUGUCUUUUCUUC